AGUGCGAAAGGCGGAGGGAUUCUAGUCGCAUUCACGCCGAGUUCUAGUCGCGAGCUGAGGCCGCGCGGGUUGCGAGGAGAGGCCUGGUUUGCGCGCGCUGCGCGGACCACAGAGGAUACCUGACGCGGUCACCGCCGAAGUGGAAGCCAGAGUGGGAGUUUUUGUUCGUGAAGGGCGGCCGCGAGGCCUGAGACUAACGUCAGGCCGAGGAGAGCGCCGCGCGAUUUGGCAAGAUGACACAGUUUCUGCCUCCCAACCUUCUGGCCCUUUUUGCACCCCGAGACCCCAUCCCAUACCUGCCACCCCUGGAAAAACUUCCACAUGAAAAACACCAUAACCAACCUUACUGUGGCAUUGCACCAUACAUCCGAGAGUUUGAGGAUCCUCGAGAUGCUCCUCCUCCAACAAGGGCAGAAACCCGGGAAGAGCGCAUGGAGAGAAAGAGACGGGAAAAAAUUGAACGGCGACAGCAGGAAGUGGAGACAGAGCUGAAAAUGUGGGACCCUCACAAUGAUCCCAAUGCCCAGGGCGAUGCCUUCAAGACUCUGUUUGUGGCAAGAGUGAACUAUGACACAACAGAAUCUAAGCUUCGGAGAGAGUUUGAGGUGUAUGGACCCAUCAAAAGAAUCCACAUGGUAUACAGUAAACGCUCUGGAAAACCCCGUGGUUAUGCCUUCAUCGAGUAUGAGCAUGAACGAGACAUGCACUCCGCUUACAAGCACGCAGACGGCAAGAAGAUAGAUGGCAGGAGGGUCCUCGUGGAUGUGGAGAGGGGCCGGACUGUGAAGGGCUGGAGGCCCCGGCGGCUAGGAGGUGGCCUUGGUGGUACCAGAAGAGGUGGGGCAGAUGUGAAUAUCAGGCAUUCAGGCCGAGAUGAUACUUCCCGAUACGAUGAGAGGCCGGGCCCCUCCCCGCUUCCACACAGAGACCGGGACCGGGACCGCGAGCGGGAGCGCAGAGAAAGAAGCCGAGAGCGAGACAAGGAGAGAGAAAGGAGACGCUCCCGCUCCCGGGACCGGAGGAGGCGCUCCCGGAGUCGAGACAAGGAUGAGCGGCGCCGGUCCAGGGAGAGGAGCAAGGACAAGGACCGAGACCGAAAGCGACGAAGCAGUCGGAGCCGAGAGCGAGCACGCAGGGAAAGGGAGCGGAAAGAAGAGCUUCGAGGUGGUGGUGGUGGAGGAGGAGGUGGCGGUGGAGGUGGCGGCGGUGACAUGGCUGAGCCCUCUGAAGCUGGUGAUGGAGCUCCUGAUGAUGGGCCUCCUGGAGAGCUUGGCCCUGAGGGCCCUGAUGGCCCAGAGGAGAAGGGCCGAGAUCGAGACCGGGAGAGGCGUCGGAGUCACCGCAGUGAGAGGGAACGUCGUCGGGACCGAGACCGGGACCGGGAUCGAGAGCACAAGCGUGGGGAACGGGGCAGUGAGCGGGGCAGGGAUGAGGCCCGGGGUGGGGGCGGCGGCGGCGGUGGUCAGGACAAUGGGCUGGAAGGGCUAGGUAGUGAUGGUCGGGACAUGUACAUGGAGGCGGAGGGCGGGGACGGGUACGUGGCCCCAGAGAACGGGUAUCUGAUGGAGGCAGCACCUGAGUGAAGAGGUCUGUGUUGUGGACACGCUCCUACCUUGCAGUCUGCCUUCCUAGCCUUUCCACCUUGGCUUGCCCUCUGAGGGUAGAGGUUUUUUUGUUCCAGUCUCUUGGAUUUAAAAAUAAAAUUAAUUUCCUGUU